AUGGCGACCAACUUCUUGGACAACAUUCCUCAAGACUUGAGCAAGAGAAUCAAAACAGUGUGCGAACGCGAUGGAUCCGCUUUGAAAAUUUUUGAGGAUCUUUACAACUAUGCGAGACAAGACCCCGAGCUGAGAAAGAAGCCUAAAGGCGAAGAAUUUUUAAGCGAAGUCCCACAAGACGCGGUAAUAUUCCAGCUGAAAGAUGUCUCAGUGCUUACACCAUUCAGGAAAAAAUUGAAUUUGGUAAUAUCCGUGUCGCCAGUGACUGGAAAGCCUGCGUUGUCACUGUCGAAGGAUAUGAUCCCUCAACUCUCUAUCACGCAGUUAAACACCAGUGUUAAAUUUGCCACUUUCCUGCCGUUCCCGGAGAAAAAAAAUAUGGCCUAUUUAUUCAUACGCUACGUCCCAGAAGGGGACCCAGCGGCUAACGAGUACGUUCUUGUGACCCUCAACAAAGAUGCGACGGUAAAACAGUUCCAGGCGGCAGGACUUCUAAACAGCGAGUCCGCAGAAUUUUCCAGCUGUGUCGAAUACAUCCGCAAGCAGGCCAUCCUGGUAGGAUUCCGCAUUUCUGAUCCAUUCUCAGCCACAUCAGGUGCCGCGCCCUCAUUCCAUGUGGAGGCGCAUCGAGGUACUAAAGAGGGCACUCUUUACUUUCUGCCAGACCAUGUUCUGUUUGGGUUCAAGAAGCCAAUCUUACUCUUCUCCUCUCAAGAAAUCGAAUCGAUCACAUACUCUUCAAUUACCAGGCUGACGUUUAAUGUCACUCUGAUAACAAAGAGCGGCGACAAGUUCGAGUUUUCGAUGAUUGACCAGAACGAAUACACGCUCAUUGACGACUACGUGAAGAGAAAACAGGUGAUUGACAACUCUAUGAGCGAAGAAAACAAAGCAAAGAGUGCGCAUAAAGAUCAAAACGCAGCAGAGCAUGCCUCACUUCUAGAAGAAGCUGCACAACAGCUGAAAGGCGAGGGUAAUGUUGGCGAUAUACCAUUAGAAUCUGAUGACGAGGAGGCAGACGUCGAUUUCGAAGGCGACAGUAAUUUGUCUGACGGCAGCGACUCCGGCUCAGGCUCAGACCAAGAGGACCAGGAAGAUGAGGAAGAGAACUCUGGCUCUGCUGCUGAGGAAAAAACCGAGGAAACAGCUGUGCCUGAAAACGAAAACAGGCCGCAAACCCACGACAUAGCUCUAGCAACAGGUGAGGAAGAAGAGGAAGAAGAAGAAAUUGCCGAAAACGAGCAAGGUGAGGAAGAAGAGGAACAGUACGAAGAUGAGGAAGACUCUGGAGUGGAGUACGACUAA